CAUCUUCUCUCCCAGAGGUCUCGAAUUCUCAUUUACAAUCCACUCCACUGCGUGCCAGUGCGCGCACCGUUUGAAGUGCCAGAACGUGCCUUCCCGUGCAUGCGUGUGCAUGACUGAAUAGUGAACGGCGUGGAGAAGAGGAGACAGCCAACAGCAUCGGGAAGGCGGUGGAGUGUCCUGCCUCCUUUCGCCUUUACACACAUGCAUCUGUAAGGCAUCAGCAUUUCUGGAUCCGCACUCAGUCAACAACUCCGUGGAGCUCGAGGAGGUUUCCUUUUUGAUACACAGUGCUGAACAAACUGUGCUUUGCAGAAGUGCAAAUAUCCUAUGGCUAUGAGCGAAAGGACGCAACACGCUUCUUGGUAUUCACAGCUACAUUAAGUUAAACAAAUUUGUAGACUGGGUUGAAACGCUGACACCUGGAUCAUCCGUGGGAGCAAUUUUCUUCAAACUAGCUGUUAUAUUGAGCACAGUCAACUAAAUCCCCCCGUUUUGGAGGCGCUGUUUCAUAUGAUUUUGUCUUCAAAUAUAUGCAAGGAGGACCAGCUUGGUUAACCUGAUAGCCUACCGCGGCACCGUUUUUUCUUCUGUAUCGCAUUUGCGUCAUGACUUCUAGCUAUGCACAUGUAAUGGACAGACAAGCAACCAUAUCCAGUAGACUGGAGAGUCCCAUUACAGUCAAUCUGGAAAACCUGCAGGCCAAAAAGAACUUCUCGGUGAGCCACCUGUUGGAUCUAGAGGAGGCCAGGGAAAUGGUCGGGUCUCAGACGGACGAAAGUGUGGGAGACACGGGCAGGACUAUGCUGGAAUCCCCCGGUUUAACCAGCGGCAGUGACACAACGCAGCAGGAAAAUGAGCAGCUUAACUCAGAAGAGAAGAAGAAGAGGAAACAACGAAGAAACAGAACCACGUUCAACAGCAGCCAGCUGCAGGCUCUGGAGCGAGUGUUUGAGCGGACACACUACCCCGAUGCCUUUGUUAGAGAGGACCUGGCACGCAGGGUCAAUCUCACUGAGGCUAGAGUUCAGGUGUGGUUUCAAAACAGACGUGCAAAGUUUCGACGUAAUGAGCGGGCGAUGCUGGCCAGUAAGAACGCUUCACUUCUGAAAUCCUACUCGGGAGACGUGACAGCCGUGGAGCAGCCUAUAGUCCCCCGCCCCGCACCCCGUCCCAACGACUACCUUUCCUGGGGGAGUACAGCUCCGUACAGCUGGUACCCAAGGCCGGAGGGAGGGCCAAUGCGAAUGCCACAGAAAAUGCUGCCCACAGAAAGCAACACCAUGGCAACCUACUCACCACCCGCUUGUGCCAACGCCACUUCCACCCAGGGAAUGAACAUGGCCAGCAGUAUUGCUAACCUGAGACUGAAAGCCAAAGAAUACAGCCUCAAUCAGGUGCCCACCAUCAACUAAACUUGAAAAAGAGGUAGAAGAAGGGACGAAGAGAAGCAAUGAGAAGAUCUCAGUGGACAUGGAUGAGUUAUUAGAGAUUUUUUUGGCCUUCUGUUCUGCACUGUCAGGGCAUAAUGGAUAUGACCUUUCACCCCCUCCCACAACAAUGGAAUGGCAUUGUCAUCCCUUUCAUUUGGCUUCGUCACAGAUGAAGGUAUGUUUCAAAGACUGAUCUGGAGACUGUAAAGACUGCAAAAGGUCCGCUCCUUGGAGAACAAGUCAAUAAACAGGGCUCCACUAAAUCAGUACGAAGUAGCAGAGAGAGAGCCUGGAUACUGUAAGCUGUUCUUCUUUGUUCUUUUCUGGCUUCAUUUUUGGGUCAACUGGAUGAAAAGUAAAGAAACUUUUAUGGCAAACAACGAAGGACUGACGUUCGCCAUUGACCGGUUUAAAUAACACCUGUGUGUGCAUGUUAAAUGCAGAGAUUUGGCAAAAUAAGCAAUCAGAAAUUUGCUCUGGAAAUAAAGACACAUUUGUGGACUUCAUAGCCUAUGUUUAAAGGCAUCACUUCCAAAGAAAGAUCUGGGGCCGGAUUGCAACAUCUUUUAAUGUAAUUUCUUAAAUAUUACACCACUGUUUACGGUAAAAUGAUGUUCCCCAUGAUGACCCAUGUAUCUGCUCACAGUACACUUCUGUUCAGUAGGUGUUGAAUUUUUUUUUAAACCUAUUUUUCUUAUAUUUUGAAACCAUAUAGUAAUAAAACAUUUUUGAGCAA